AUGGGUGGAGGCAGCCCCAUGCAGGCGGUGCUGGUGGCACCAGGGGUGAAGGACAGGAAGGUGUUGGCGUUCAAUCGGCACGCGCUCAAGGAGAAGGACGCCGUCGCCGCGCUCAUGCGCUCCAUCGCCGGCUCCGGCGUGCGUAGCGCGUUCCACGUCCUCGACCUCGCCAGGGUCCUCGACCUGCACGCACGCUGGCGCCGCGAGCUCCCCGACGUGCGGCCCUACUACGCCGUCAAGUGCAACCCUGAGCCGGCGAUGCUGGGCGCGCUGGCGGCGCUCGGCGCCGGGUUCGACUGCGCCAGCCGCCGAGAGAUCGAGGCCGUGCUCGCACUCGGGGUCGAGCCGGGGAGCAUAGUGUACGCCAACCCGUGCAAGCCCGAGGCGCACAUCGAGUACGCGGCGCAGGUCGGCGUCAACCUCACCACGUACGACUCCGAGGAGGAGGUGGCCAAGGUGAAGCGCUGCCACCCUGGCUGCGAGCUCGUCCUCCGCAUCAAGGGCCCCGUCAACGGCGAUGCUAAGGUCGACCUCGGCGUCAAGUACGGAGCGCUAGCCGACGAGGUGGUCCCGCUCCUCCGCGCCGCGCAGCGCGCGGGCCUCGCCGUGGCUGGCGUUUCCUUCCACGUCGGCAGCGGCGGGUCACGCACCGACGUGUACCGGGAAGCCAUCAAGGCCUCUCGCGCGGCGUUCGACGCGGCUGAGGCCCUCGGCAUGCCGCCCAUGCGCGUGCUCGACAUCGGCGGCGGCUUCGUGGCCGGCGCCACCUUCCACGAGGCGGCAGCAGUCAUCAAGGAAGCGCUCGCCCAGCAUUUCGGCGACCUCCCACCAUGCAUUGAGGUGAUCGGCGAGCCGGGACGGUACUUCGCAGAGACUGCAUUCACGCUCGCGGCGCGCGUUAUCGGGAAGCGCACGCGCGGCGAGGUGCGGGAGUACUGGAUCGACGACGGCGUCUACGGCUCUCUCAACUGCGUCCUCAUGGACGACUACGUGCCGCGCCCGAGGCCGCUCAACGCCGGCCGCCCCGGUGAGAAGACGUACGCGUCGACGGUGUUUGGGCCGACGUGCGACUCUCUCGACACGGUGAUUACGGGGUACCAGCUGCCGGAGAUGAGCGUGGGGGAGUGGCUCGUGUUCCACGACAUGGGCGCCUACACUACCGGGUCCGGCUCCAACUUCAACGGCUUCUACACGUCUGACAUCAAGACAUUCUUGGCCUACUGCAGCUAG